GUGUGAGGUAUCAAGCAGCCAAUGUGAGGGACCCCCUGCCCCCAUUAGCCCCAGGUCGGGCAGCAGAGGAUCCCUUAAUCCACCCAGGCCUUGGUCAUUGGCUCUGGUGUCAGCCCCUGUCUGCCACCCCCGCUCCCUGCAUCCUUCCUGGCCAAGGACAGGGCCACCUGCCCACGUUCAGGGCCUUCGUGCUGUCCAGCUGGUGUGUCUGCUCUGGCCCCAAACACUCCAACCUCAGCCAGUCAGCAUGCUAGGUACUGUGCUGCUGCUGGCCCUGCUACCGGGGAUCAGCACUGUGUCCAGCGGGCCACCUGGUAUGUAUGGGCAGGGAAGUGAUGGGUCUGUCAUGCUCCUAGCCCUGUGUCACUCUUUUUUUUUUUGAGAUGGAAUUUUGCUCUGUCGCCCAGGCUGGAGUGCAGUGGCGCGUGAUCUCUGCUCACUGCAACCUCUGCCUCCCAGGUUCAAGCGAUUCUCCUGCCUUAACCUCCUGAGUAGGUGGGACUACAGGUAUGCGUUAGCACGCCUGGCUAAUUUUUGUAUUUUCAGUAGAGAUGGCAUUUCCCCAUGUUGGCCAGACUGGUCUGGAACUCCUGACCUCAGGCAAUCUGCCUGCCCUCAGCCUCCUAAAGUGCUGGGGUUACAGAUGUGAGCCACCGUGCCCAGCCAUCGUUCAACUAGACCUCUGGUCCAACCCCCCCCCUCUGGAGGGGGCGGGAGUGGGGUGGGGUCUUCCUCUGUCUCCCCAUCCCAAGGAUGGCUCACAUCCCCACUUCAGCAAAGUCCCCUGCAGUCACAGAGAGGGCCAGGGUUGUGGGAAGCGUCCAGGCUACCCAGGUGCUCUUCAGAAGUCGGGGGUGGGGAUGGAGGCAAGGAGCUCAUGCCUAUAUUCCCAGCACUUAGGGAAGCCAGGAGUUGCAGACCAGCCUGGGCAACAGAGACUCCAUAUGGCUGUGGUGGCGUCUAUGGUCACAGCUACUCCAGAGGCUGAAGCUGGAGGAUCACUGGAGCCCAGGAGUUGGAGACUGCAGUGAACAGCAUUCACACCACUGCACUCCAGCCUGGGCGACAGAGGGAGACCCUGUCUCAGAGGAAGAAAAAAAAAAAAAGGAUGUGAUGUGCAGGUGAUCUUUUGUGUUUGGAGCUUAUCCAUCUUACCAGAACCCUGCUCAGCACCUCCUGAAGGCAGACAUCAGUGUGUGUUUAGGGUCACGGAGAGGGCAAGGGACCCCAUGGUUACCCUCAGCCUGGACAAGGGGAAGACUCCCAAUCUUGGUGGCCUAGCUGGGCUUUGGCUGUGCCUGCGAGAGUCUCUAGGGAGGGUAUUCUCUUUACUUCCCUUCCCCGUUGGUGACAGCAUCUGCAUCCUCUUAGAAAGGGGAGCUGCCGGUCCUGCUGUGUCCCCGAGAGCAGCCAGGGGGAAGAUGGGGGCCUCUCACUUCACUCAGCCUGAUCCCACCAUCUGGUGCUCCUCACUGUUUCCCUUCCGUCCCAGGGAGGCCCUCGCCAGCUUCUGAGGCUUCUCUUGGGGUGCACGGCUUUGCACCCUGCUCAGCUGCUGGGCUGUGCGGGUCGCUGGGGACGGCAGGGGGCGCAUUACCGUCGGGGAACGUGGCGCGGAGCCCGUCAUGGGUGAAUCCGCUACCGCAACCACAUUCCUUUUCCAAAGGCGGCGGCGGGGGCGAGGUGGUCGGGCCAGAGGCCUAAAGGGUAGCGCACGUUCUCUCUCCUCCGGGCCGACCUUACCCCCAUCAGCGCCCCAGUUCCCCGCGGCGCCUGGCCCCUGGCUGCGCAGACCCCUCUUCAGUGUGAAGCUGUCGGACACAGAGGAUGUCUUCCCGCGCCGCGCGGGGCCGCUCGAGGUCCCGGCCGACAGCCGCGUGUUCGUGCAGGCGACCUUGGCCCGUCCCUCCCCGCGCUGGGGCCUGGCCCUGCACCGCUGCUCAGUGACGCCGUCCUCACGCCCGGCCCCGGGGCCGGCCCUGGCGCUGCUUCGAGAGGGCUGCACCGCCGACGCCUCGGUUGCCUUCCCGUCACCGCUACCGCCGAGCCCGAGUUCCACCCGCCCUGUGCGCUUCAGCUUCCGCCUGCGCCCAGUCUUCAACGCCUCAGUGCAGUUCCUGCACUGCCAGCUGAGCCGCUGCCGCCGCCUCCGGAGAGUCCGCCGGGCGCCUGCAUCCCUGACUCCCCCGCCGCCAUCGCGGUGUCUGCCUCAGGAUGAGGCUUGCACCGGCGGUGGCAGCGUUGAGAGCCUGGCUGCCAAUGGCCCCCACCUGCACACGCUGACGCAGCCUAUCGUGGUCACCGUGCCGCGGCCGCCCCCCAGGCCGCCCAAGAUCAUCCCUGGCCGCGCCGUGCGCCCCGAACCUCCGGCGCCGGCCCCCGCGGCCCUGGAGCCCGCGCCGGUGGUGGCGCUUGUGUUGGCAGCCUUUGUGUUGGGCGCCGCGCUGGCCGCCGGGCUGGGCCUCGUCUGCGCGCACUCAGCGCCCCCAGCCCCCGGCGCGCCCGCGAGAGCCUCGCCCGGCGGCCCCCAUCCCAGGAGGCCCCAAUGAGGAAGGGAUGAUGCGCCCCCAACAUGAUCCGGUGAUGCACCCAGCUACCACUUCCAGACCAAGACCAACAGGACCGGACCCGCCUCCCUGGACCUCGACCCGAUGGGGCUACGACCCCUGCACUUCUCUCCUCCCCGUCCCUUCCACCUGUGCUCAAAAUAAACCUCUAGACUAA